UACAAGAUGGCUGCGCCCAUGCCGCAAAAGAAGUUUUACAGACAACGUGCGCAUUCUAACCCACAUUCAGACCACUCCUUCGAGUACCCUGUCCACCCAGAUAGCAUGGACUGGAGUGACCUCUACCCAGCUUUCUUUUCCCAGUCAGAACCAGAGGGGGACAAGUCUAAUGGGGACAGCCAGCCCCUGGCCCAGGUGGAAUUCUUGGACGUUGGAUGUGGAUAUGGCGGCCUUCUGGUAUCCUUGUCGCCGAUGUUUCCCCGUACGCUGAUGCUGGGCAUGGAGAUCCGCAUGAAGGUGUCAGACUACGUCCAGGAUCGCAUCAAAGCGCUCCGGCAGAACCAGGAGGGGGCCUACCAGAACAUCGCCUGCCUGCGGGGGAACGCCAUGAAGCACCUGCCCAACUUCUUUCGGAAGGGACAGAUUUCUAAGAUGUUUAUUCUCUUCCCGGACCCGCAUUUCAAGAAGACAAAACACAAAUGGCGGAUUGUUAACCAGACGCUGCUUGCUGAGUACGCCUAUAUCAUGAAAGAAGGGGGCCUUCUAUACACGAUAACAGACGUGAAGGAACUACACCAGUGGAUGUGCAUGCAUCUAAAUGAACACCCACUCUUUGAAAGGAUCACUGACCAGGAGCAGGCUGAGGACCCAAUCGUAGAGCUGCUGGGACAGUGCACUGAGGAAGGUCAAAAGGUCACUCGUAACCACGGUGACAAGUUUCCAGCCGUUUUCCGACGAAUCAAGGAUCCCUUCUCAUGAUAGAGAGUAAAUCCUCUGCAGAUUUGUAAAUAAACUCUUCUUCCAUUGUAUCGUCAGACAUUUAUAUAAUGUUUCAAAUCCUGGCAGUGUUCCGUUUGCUAUAAAAAUAUUGUAUAAGGGACACCUUUUCAAGAUAAACAUUUCAUAUUAUUUUAGACGUGGUUCUUUCACUCAUAUGCAGAUGACGAGUAUUGAGUGCAGAGGCAGGAGUCCCCAUAUGGUUAUACAUAUAGGUGGAACAUUUCAUUUGCCACGUUGAAUGGAACAUUCCAUUUGCCUUGUGGAAUGGAACAUUCCAUUUGCCGUGAGGAAUGGAACAUUCCAUUCUUGUGGCAUGGAACAUUCCAUUUGCCUUGUGGGAUGGAACAUUCCUUUGUCGCCAAAAGAUGAAACAGCCAUUUUUAAGCAAUGAAUGCUUGGUCAUUCCAAAUUAUGCAAUGCUUGAGCAAACUAAAAUUAAUUGCCACAUCACAGUUUAGUAACAUUUUUCACAAGAGACACCAUGACCCAUUAGGAAAGUGUUGGACAAGUGACACCAUUGUUGAUUUGGAUACUUACAUGUAUACAGUUUAUUGAAGUGUUACAAAUGCUGAGAAUUCAAACUAAGCUAAAUCUCAGGAUAUUCCCGAUACAUACAAGUACAAGUCUGGGUGCCAAACGAAGGAUGGAACCUUUCGCCCAUAGGAAAG